AUGUUCAUCACGCUACGAAGUUCGGGCGGCGGCCAGGCAGAGGGAGGGGGGAUGGAAGUUGUGCGACGCAACUCAGGGCCCGGCGUGGUUAAAGAUCGCACUCGUCCUAUGCGACGACCUGCCUGUGUCGCCUGCCAGACCAAAAAGCUGCGUUGCACUGGUAGUAACCCUCGCAAUUGUGACCGAUGCCGGGCCAGAAUGGUCGAAUGCGUCGUGCCGACAAGUAACGGCCGGGAGAAGCCUCGCACGAAUUCGUCGCAAUCGCCGCAACCCAACAACCCACCAGGGCGCCCAUGGCAGGACAUUGGCGAUGCGUCUUCUCAACCGGGCGAUCAACAAGGCGAGGGCUUGAACGGCGCAGGUUUGGGACCAUCCAAGCCGUCGCAGCAGGCGGCCACCACAGCACCAAGAGUUCAGGUUGGUGGGGAUCCGCUGUUAGAUAACGACUUCUUUGACUGCGAGUUCGCAUUGGUAGACUCGGCAGAUCAGCCGUGGGCAGCGGGGCUGACGACUGCUGGUAACACGUCAGUGGAUCUUAUCGACGGGCUGGAUAUGGAUAUGGACUUUGGCCGGCACAGUGCCUCUGGGGAGGUUCGAUCCAGCAUAAGCAGCUCUACCAACAGUGGGAGCAAUGACGCUCGGCAGUCCAAUAAGCCACACCAGGACCCCUACAACAACCUUGAUUUCUUCUUAUCCAGCGAAGGCCCCAUCUCGCAGCCCCAGCCCCAGCCCCGGCCAAUUCCUCAUACCACUACUCAAGAAUUACCAAGCAUGCUCGCACUGGAUACGGCGCCGUUGUCUCCAGGCCAAUCUUGGGCCCUCUCGGGCGUUCAGAACCCGCCAAACCCAAACCGACCCGGUUUACCGCCGUGCUCGUGUCUUACUGACCUCGUCCGUGUCGUGCAGCAACUCGACGACGACGAGUUUCACAUCACGACCAUGUCUCUCGACCAAGUCUUACGGCUUCAAAAAUGGCUCGUCUUUCAAUGCUGCAAACCUUUUGACUGCCCCAAGUGUCUGGACCUUUCUACUAUUCACACCAUGCGCCUCAUCCUCUGCGAUCGUCUCACCGAGAUGUUUGAGUGCAUUCAUCUCCGCAUCAAGCGGGCAGGCGCCAUUCUGAGCAACAACGGCAGCGACUCUAGUAGCCAAGCAACGCCAUCUUCGUUGACCGACUCCAGUUCUGCGCAGUCACAUUCUUCUCUCGGUGGAUCACAGCCACAGUUGACAGCUGCUGUCGGUUCAGGGCCUUUGCCAGCCCAACUGUUCUGCAGCUCAUCGGGACGCGCGGCCAACACUGCCGCUUGCAACCCCUUGAUGUUUUCGGACGAGUUCAGGAAUCAGUAUUCAGACGAGGAGCAGGUUCACAUGAUUCGGGUGCUUUUGAGACUGCAGAGUCGCAAUUUCCAGAUGCUGCUCUCGCGAGUUGAGCGGACCAGCCAGGUUGCAGCUAGCCCGGCACGUCAGACCAAGGUGAAGUCCAUGAUGGUGCGUCUUGGAAAGGCGUCGGCUGAUAUUGAGGGGGCUUUGAGGGUUGUUCAGGGGCUGUCGAUUUGA